GUGAUUUUGUUGCAGGAGGCGAAGAUCGUGCCGCAAAAUAAUUUCUUGUCCGUCGAUUCUUCCGGCUUCUCAGGAAUCCGACUUGCCCUCCCGCUUCAAGUGUCUGUGAUCAACCUCUCAGCAGCACCAUGGCCGCAACAUCCGGAACCAGUGCGACGACGGUGGCGGCGGCGACGAAAUCGAAGGACAAAAAAAGCCAAGAGGAAAUCUAUGCCGAAUUUCAGCAGCUGCGGAAUCAACAGCGAAAUUUGAUCAAUAACCUUAACACGCUCGAGAUGGACCUGAAGGAGCACAAGACAGUGAUCGACACGCUGAAAACGGUCGAGCCGGGCCGCAAGUGCUUCCGCCUGAUCGGGGGCGUCCUGUGUGACCAAACCGUGGAGGUGGUCCUGCCCCAGCUGGUGACCAACAAGGAGCAGCUGGAAAAGCUCAUCGAAACGGGCAAGGAUCAAAUCACCAAAAAGGGCCUCGAGAUCAACCAGUUCAAGGACGAAUACAACAUCAAAAUCCGCGGCCAGGACGGCGCGGCGGGACCGGGAGCGGGCAAGGAAAACGUCGACGACAAAUCCGCCGCGCCUCCGUCCGCCAACCGGAACGUGCUGGUGGGACAGUUGUAGGAAGCCCCGUUCCGGCGCAGUAGGAGGAGGAUGAGAAGGAAAACGUGUCCGCGCCGGCGUCCAAAAACCAAAACUCCAACCCAGAGCUCGGGCGGUAGGUUGUAAUUUUUCCUACUAAAAGUACGAUGUAAUCGAGAAAAAAACGGAAUUGUGUUGCAAGAUAAAUCGAGCAAUAUAUUUUUUUAAGUUCUCGUACUCCAGCGAACGAUUAAAAAGCAUCAGCAACGUAAUUAUUUAUCGUAAACCCUUAAACACAUAGUACGUAUCUCUCCCCCCUUGACUAUCCGUUCACCCUUCGUAAUCGUUUAGAAUAUCGCAAAACGUGAAUCAAAAAAGCUGGUUCUUUCUAUUUCAUAUUAAAAAAACAUCUUUAAUCGAAAUAACGCGCAGAAUGUCUUGUUUUCUGUUCUUCUUCGCUCUUUGCUUAAGACUAACCUUCUUGUACUAACAAUAACCAUCCUAUUUCUGUUCACCUUGUUGCUUUGAAGAGAUUGAAAAUAAGAAUACGAUUAGUAAAACUAAAGA